AUGCCGCCACGCGCGCCGCCGCACGUCCUGUCGCGGGCGUCCGCGUUCAUCACAUCGAUCCCGCUGUCGCGCAGCCGGCGCUUCCCGGCACGCCGCGCGUGCGCCGGGCGCAGCCACGCGUGGGGCCGCCCGGGCUCGGGCCGGCUGGUCGCCAUGGCCGCCGUCAACCUCAAGUUCAUUAAAGACAACCUGGCCGCCGUGCGACAGAACGUGCGCGAUCGCGCAGUGCCGGCCGACCCGGACCGCGUCGUGGCGCUGUACGACGCGUACGUGGCGCUGGGGCAGCGCGCGGACGCGCUCCGCCGCCAGCGCAACGAGAACGCCGCCCGCAUGAAGGGCGCCGCCGGCAUGCAGAAGGAGGAGAGGGACGCGUGCAUCGCCGAGGGGAAGCGCCUCAAGGCGGACGUCGCGCGCCUCGAGAAGGACCUCGCCGAGGCAGAGGUCCAGCUGCAGGCCGAGUCGGCGAAGAUCCCCAACAUGACGCACCCGGACGUGCCGGUCGGGGGAGAGGAGCAGGCGAGGACGGUGUCUCUGGUGGGGGAGAAGCGGGACUUUGCCAAGGACGGCAUGGAGGCGCAGGCGCAUCUGGACGUGGCCCUGCGGCACGACCUGGUAGACUUUGAGAACGCGGCGCGCGUGGCCGGGAACAAAUUCUACUACCUGCGCAACGAGGGCGCGCUACUGGAGCUGGCGCUGGUGAACUGGGCGAUGACACUCGCCGCGCAGAACGGGUUCACGGUGAUGACGACGCCGGACGUGGCGCGCGAGGACGUGGUGGCCGGUUGCGGGUUUGCGCCGCGCGGCGAGGCCAGCCAGGUGUACCGCGUGGCAGAGUCGGACCUGUGCCUCGUGGGGACGGCGGAAAUACCGCUCGGCGGGUACUACGCGGGGCAGAUCGUGGCCAAGGAGGAGCUGCCGGUGAAGAUGGCGGCGUUCUCGCACUGCUUCCGGCGCGAGGUGGGGGCGGCCGGGGCGACGACGCGCGGGCUGUACCGCGUGCACCAGUUCUCCAAGGUGGAGCUGUUCGUGCUCGCGCACCCGGAGGAGUCGCAGCGCGUGCACGAGGAGCUGCGGGCGUUCGAGGAGACGCUGUACGCCAGCCUGGGGCUGCACUUCCGCGUGCUGGACAUGCCCACGCAGGACCUCGGGCACCCGGCGUCGCGCAAGUACGACAUCGAGGCGUGGAUGCCCGGGCGCGGCGCGUACGGCGAGGUCUCCAGCGCGUCCAACUGCACCGACUACCAGGCGCGGCGGCUCAACAUUCGCUACCGCGAGGCGCGCGGCGACAACCGCUUCGUGCACACGCUCAACGCGACCGCGUGCGCCGUGCCGCGCAUGAUCGUCGCCAUACUCGAGACGCACGUGCAGCCCGACGGGCGCGUCCGCGUGCCGGACGCGCUCCGCCCCUUUAUGGGCGGCGCGGAGUUUAUCGGGCGCGCGGAGGCGGCGGCCGGGGCGGGCGUCGCGAGUAAGGAGACGGCGACUGUGGUCGGGGAGUAGUAGGAGCAAGAAAGGCCCUCACAAAGGUUAAGAAAGGCCCUGACAGCCCUGGCAGGUAGGUACUGUAGGUGUCAGGAGUAGGAGUGGUUGUGGUUUGGUUUGUGUAUUUUAUUGGGGCAGCAUUUUGGUGGCAGCAGACGGGUGAAAUUGACUUUUCUGUUGUGAACAGGGAUGUGGUGGUUACCCUUACCGCAAACCUGGAUACCUUGCCAGAGAUAUCCAGGCAUCCAUACAUUCUGUCCACGUAUCCCACGUGUGUAUCUUACAGAUGGUUACCCUUA